AUGGACAUACAAACUGUGAGUACAGCCCUUUCAGAGGAGACCUGCCUGGUGGAUAAUGAGCAGUGCAUAAAUUUAGAGAAGACAGCUAUAAAGAUUCAGUCAUGGUGGCGUGGCAUCAUGGUCAGGCGGACACUCCUGCAUGCAGCACUUGGAGCAUGGGCCAUCCAGUGCUGGUGGCGGUCAAUGCAAAACAAGAUGCAGGAGCAACGACGGAGCUUGGCCCUCAAACUCUACACCUGCCAGGAGUGGGCAGUGGUGAAGGUGCAGGCACAUGUCCGCAUGUGGCGGACCCGCAGACGAUUCCUCCAGGCACGCCAAGCAGCCUGCAUAAUCCAGUCUCACUGGCGCUGGCAUGCCAGCCAGAGCCGAGGCAUGAUCCGGGGCCGCUACGAGGUUAGAGCCAGCCAGCUGGAGCUUGACAUCGAAAUUCUUAUGACCUAG